UAGUUUUUUCUAUCAUCAUGGGUGUUUUCACUUAUGAAGGUGAGCACGUGUCGACCAUCGCUCCUGCAAGACUAUACAAAGCCAUUGUCCUAGAUUCUAGCAAUGUCUUCCCAAAAGCUUUACCAAACUUCAUUAAGAGUGCUGAACUUAUUGAAGGAGAUGGAGGGCCAGGAUCAAUUAAGAAGCUCACUCUUGCUGAAGGAUUAGGAUAUGUGAACCACAAGGUAGAUGCGCUUGAUGUAGAAAACUAUGUGUACAAUUACAGCGUAGUUGAAGGCAGUGCUUUGUCAGAAUCAUUGGAGAAGAUCUGUUAUGAGUACAAAUUGGUGCCAAGCCCUGAUGGUGGAACCGUAGUCAAAUCCGCCACCAAAUACUACACCAAAGGUGAUGCUCAGCUCACAGAAGAGUUUGUUAAGGGUAACAAGGAAAGGUCUGCUGGGUUCGCCAAGGGUAUUGAGGAUUUUCUUUUGGCUAAUCCUGAUUACAACUAAUUAAAACAAACAACCUUUAUAUAUCUUUUCGGUGAUAAUUAUGGUCCUUAUGUGUACUCAACUAUCAUGUUGCUUUCAUUUCUUGCCAGUAAUAAACAUUUGAAUUGAGGGAUCGGUGUGAGAUUGCUUAGAA